AUGGCUGUCCUCCCAGCCACAGCUACGGGACCGGUGCAGGGCGGAGCGGGCGUGCGCGCUCUGCCCCUCCGCGGCCGCCCCGCGGCUGUCCAGAAAAGGCCCCGCGCCGCCCGCGCGCGCCGGUCCAGCAUCCCCGUCCUGGCCAUGCAGGGCCCCGCGGCGCCCCGCCCUGCGCCCGGCUCCCCCCGGGGCUCCCCGCGCGGCUCCUCCGGGCUCUUCAGGAAGCUCCAGGUGAACCAGAGCAUCCGCCUGCAGCGGCGCUUCACCCUGGCCCAUCCGCUGUGCUUUGACCUGGAAAAUGGGCUCCCGGGCGGGAGAAGCACCCUGGACCCUCCGGCCGGGCCGGGCCUGGGCCGGGCCCCGCAGGCCCCCGCCCCGCACAGCCAGCGGCGCGAGUCCUUCCUGUACCGCUCGGACAGCGACUAUGAACUCUCGCCCAAGGCCGUGUCCCGGAACUCCUCCGCGGCCAGCGACCUACACGGAGAAGACAUGAUUGUCACGCCGUUUGCCCAGGUGCUGGCCAGUCUGCGGACGGUCCGGAGCAACGUGGCGGCCCUGGCCCACCUGCAAGGCCGCGGGACAGCCAGGCAGGCGCCGGCCGUGGACCCUGCACACGCUGCACCCACAGAGGGGCGCGGGCCCGCGCUGGCGCUGGAGACGCUGGGCGAGCUGGACUGGUGCCUGGACCAGCUGGAGACGCUGCAGGCGCGGCACUCGGUGGGCGCGAUGGCCUCCAGCAAGUUCAAGCGGAUGCUGAGCCGGGAGUUGACCCACCUCUCUGAAACCAGCCGCUCCGGGAACCAGGUGUCCGAGUACAUCUCCCGCACCUUCCUGGACCAGCCGGCCGAGGUGGAGUUGCCCAGGGCGACCUCGGAGGAGCCCGCGGGGCCCAUGUCCCGGAUCAGCGGCUUGCGUGGGCCCCGCCGCGGCGCCAGCCUCUCCCCAGCCACCGUCCCCCGUUUCGGGGUCCAGACGGACCAGGAGGGGCAGCUGGCCAAGGAGCUGGAAGACACCAACAAGUGGGGGCUCGAUGUGUUCAAGGUGGCGGAGCUCAGCGGGAACCGGCCACUCACAGCCAUCAUAUUCAGCAUCUUUCAGGAGCGGGACCUGCUCAAGACAUUCCAGAUCCCAGCAGACACGCUGGCCACCUACCUGCUCACGCUGGAGGGUCACUACCACGCGGACGUGGCCUACCACAACAGCCUGCACGCCGCCGACGUGGCCCAGUCCGCCCACGUCCUGCUCGCCACACCCGCCCUCGAGGCCGUGUUCACAGACCUGGAGGUCCUGGCCACCAUCUUUGCCAGCGCCAUCCACGACGUGGACCACCCCGGCGUCUCCAACCAGUUUCUCAUCAACACCCACUCGGAGCUGGCGCUGAUGUACAACGACGCGUCCGUGCUGGAGAACCACCACCUGGCCGUGGGCUUCAAGCUGCUGCAGGCGGAGAACUGCGACAUCUUCCAGAACCUCAGCCCGCGCCAGCGGCUCAGCCUGCGCAAGAUGGUCAUCGACAUGGUGCUGGCCACAGACAUGUCCAAACACAUGAACCUCCUGGCUGACCUGAAGACCAUGGUGGAGACCAAGAGGGUGACCAGCCUCGGGGUGCUUCUCCUGGACAACUACUCCGACCGCAUCCAGGUCCUGCAGAACCUGGUGCACUGCGCGGACCUGAGCAACCCCGCCAAGCCGCUGCCCCUGUACCGCCGCUGGACCGAGCGCAUCAUGGCCGAGCUCUUCCAGCAGGGCGACCGGGAGCGCGCAUCCGGCCUGGACGUCAGCCCCAUGUGCGACACAGACUCCACAGCCUCUGAGUCCCCGCAGGUGGGAUUCAUCGACUACAUCGCCCACCCGCUGUGGGAGACCUGGGCUGACCUGGUGCACCCGGACGCCCAGGGCCUGCUGGACACGCUGGAAGACAACCGCGAGUGGUACCUGAGCAAGAUCCCGCGGAGCCCCCCGGACCUCAGCAGCCCCGAGCGGGGUGGCCCCGACAGGUUCCAGUUUGAGCUGACUCUGGAGGAGGCGGAGGAAGAGGCGGAGGAAGAGGCGGAGGAAGAGGAGGAGGCAGCGUUAGACAGCAAGGCCUCAGAGUCACGCGACACUAAGCUCCUGUCCCCCGGAGCCAGCCAAAAGCCCAGUGACCUACCCGCGGACGGCCACAGGACUUAGGGCCAGAUGGUCCCCAGGGCGUGGACU